AUGACAGAGGAUGAAUUACUAUUCAAAGACUGGAAUUUCCACAUACUUAAACUGAGUCAAUCAAAAUCAGAAAAUUUUAAAGAGCGCAUUAUCGCUCAAGCAUUAAAAUCACCUGCAAGAAUUUCGCGUUACGUGCCUGAGGAUAUGCCGAAACCGGUGGUCUCUUUAGAAUGGCUUGAAGAGUGGUUGUUAUUAAAAUAA